AUGGACCGGCUUCCAGCGGUGUCUGAGGAUGGAUUCCUCCAAGAGUCGACAGUCCGUCCUACGGAGGAGAUGUAUGUUGAGGACGAGGAUGAAGACGAGAGUGACCAAAGUGACGCGCACAAGGACAAGGGUAUCAUCUAUCUGCUCGUUGUUGAGAAUUUGAAUGUCUCAGUUGAGCGAAUCUUGAUGUCUGGUCGCAAGAUGUGA